AUGGCGAAAAGAAAUAGAGAAGAAAGAGAAAGCUCUCAUCCUCUUGCAGAUGAAGAAAUCACAGAUCCUUCUUCUAAUGAAGACAGUGAAAUUGAAGAUGAUAGGAAUUCUGCUCUAAAUAAAAAUAAUCAUGAAGAAUUAGAUUCAGAAGAAGAAUUUGAAGGUGAAAAUCCUGCUGAUAAAAGAAGAAGAUUGGCCAAGCAAUAUCUUGAAAAUUUGAAAGCUGAGGCAAAUGAAAUUGAACCAGUUGAUAAUGUUUCUAUGGAUGAUAAAACAAAACAAAUUUUAGAUGAUUACAAUAAUUUUGAUGCAGCAGAUUUAGACAGAGAUAUCGUUGCAGCAAGAUUAAAACAGGAUGUAGCAGAACAACAAGGUCGUGUCUAUAGGUUUAUUGCUGAUAAAUUGUUGGCUAGUGAAGCUAAGACUACUUUCACUCGUGUAGGUGACAAAUGUUUAACUGGGUUAGCCUGUUUUCAACCAGAGUUAAAUAAGUUUGAAAUUGAAGAAAGGUCAGGCAAGUCGAAGAAUAAAGGAAAGUUCUAUGCUUAUACAGUUAGUAAAGAUUUACAAUUGACUAAAUAUGAUAUUACUAACUUUGAUGAAAGACCCAGAAAAAUGAAAUUUGUCAAAGGAGGUUCCCAAUAUAUUCCAGAAGGUACCCAUGAAUUUGAAAAUACUACCGAAGGACAUUAUUCAGAGAUAUUGACCGUAGCAGCAUCGCCAGAUGGAAAAUAUGUGGUCACUGGUGGUAAAGACAGAAAAUUAAUUGUUUGGAGUACAGAAUCUUUAGCACCAAUUAAAGUUAUUCCUACUAAAGAUCGUCAUGGUGAAAUUUUAUCGUUAACAUUCAGAAAGAAUUCAGAUCAAUUGUAUGUAGCAUGUGCAGAUUUUAAGAUUAGAACAUAUUCUAUUAACCAGUUUACUCAAUUAGAAAUUUUGUAUGGUCACCACGAUGUAGUGACGGAUAUAUCAGCGUUAGCUAUGGAAAGAUGUGUUACAGUGGGAGCUCGUGAUAGAACUGCUAUGUUAUGGAAGAUUUCGGAUGAAACUAGACUGACAUUUAGGGGUGGUGAUGAUGCAGAUAAGUUAUUAAGGAAAUGGAUGAAAGAGCACGCUGUGGAAAAGGAGGAUGGUACAGUUGAAUAUCCUGAUGAAUCAGAGGCUCCAAAUUUUGUUUCAGAAGGUAGUAUUGAUGUUGUCUCAAUGAUUGAUGACUCUCAUUUUGUCACAGGUUCUGAUAAUGGUAAUUUGUGUUUAUGGUCAACAUCUAAAAAGAAGCCUAUCUAUAUUGAAAGGGUGGCACAUGGUUAUAUGUCAUCACCAUCUAAUAAUGAAAUCUCUGGGGAAGCUAAUUCUGAAGUGAGGACAAAUCAAUUACAAGGAGAUAAACUGGCACAUCCAUAUUGGAUAACCUCGGUAUAUGCAAUUCCUUAUUCAAAUGUGUUCAUAUCAGGAUCUUGGAAUGGUUCAUUAAAACUUUGGAAAAUAGAUGAGACAUUAAGAUCUUUCAGCUUGUUAGCUGAAUUAAAUGGUUGCAAAGGUGUGGUUAAUAAGAUUCAAUGUGUUGAGUCAGGCAAGCAUGGUAGAGAAACUUUUCGUAUAUUAGCUAGUGUAGGUAAAGAACAUAGGUUGGGCAGGUGGAAUACACAUAUCCCGGGUGCUAGAAAUGGUAUAUAUUCAGCAGUUAUUGCACAGACAACUUUUUAG